AUGGGGCCGGCGCGCCGGGCGGCCGCCGCCUUGCUGGCGGUGCUGUGCGCGGGCUGCGCGCUGCGCCCGGGGCGCGCGCAGUACGAGCGCUACAGCUUCCGCAGCUUCCCGCGGGACGAGCUGAUGCCGCUCGAGUCGGCCUACCGGCACGCGCUGGACCAGUACAGCGGCGAGCACUGGGCCGAGAGCGCGGGCUACCUGGAGAUCAGCCUGCGGCUGCACCGCCUGCUGCGCGACAGCGAGGCCUUCUGCCACCGCAACUGCAGCGGGGCGGCGCCGCGCGAGCCCGCCGCGGGGCUGGCGCGCUACCCCGAGCUGCGGCUCUUCGGGGGCCUGCUGCGCCGCGCGCACUGCCUCAAGCGCUGCAAGCAGGGCCUGCCGGCCUUCCGCCAGUCGCAGCCCAGCCGCGAGGUGCUGGCCGACUUCCAGCGCCGCGAACCCUACAAGUUCCUGCAGUUCGCCUACUUCAAGGCAAAUAAUCUCCCGAAAGCCAUCGCGGCGGCUCACACGUUUCUCCUGAAGCACCCGGAUGACGAGAUGAUGAAGAGGAACAUGGCGUAUUACAAGAGCUUGCCCGGGGCAGAGGACCACAUCAGAGACCUGGAAACCAAGUCUUACGAGAGCCUGUUCAUCCGAGCGGUGCGGGCGUACAAUGGUGAGAACUGGAGAACGUCUAUCACGGAUAUGGAGCUGGCCCUGCCCGACUUCUUCAAGGCCUUCUACGAGUGCCUCGCGGCCUGCGAGGGCUCCAGGGAGAUCAAGGACUUCAAGGACUUCUACCUCUCCAUAGCAGAUCAUUAUAUAGAGGUUCUGGAAUGCAAAAUACAGUGCGAAGAGAACCUCACCCCCGUCAUCGGCGGCUACCCAGUGGAGAAGUUUGUGGCCACCAUGUAUCAUUAUUUGCAGUUUGCUUAUUACAAGCUGAGCGACCUGAAGAACGCGGCCCCGUGUGCGGUCAGCUACCUGCUCUUCGACCAGCACGACAAGGUCAUGCAGCAGAACCUGGUGUACUACCAGUACCACCGGGACAAGUGGGGCCUCUCGGACGAGCACUUCCAGCCCAGACCGGAAGCGGUUCAGUUCUUCAACGUGACCACCCUGCAGAAGGAGCUGUAUGACUUCGCCAAGGAGCACAUAAUGGACGACGAUGAGGCAAGUCUGCACGCACAGCACCCGCGGGCUAAGAUCGCGGGAAGGCCCCCGAGAUAAGGAACGGAAGGGAAC